CCUUCCAGGCGCAGGUGGCAGCUGGCACAAAGGGUUGGAUGCGGGAACGGACAGGCUGCGGAGAGCCUAAGGCUGGACGCUGGGUGGAGAGCGGGAGGCGGCCCGCGGCGGCCAGAAUGGGUUCACAGGGAACCCCCACCUUCCCCUCCCCAGGUGGCCCGCCUGUGCCAGACCCCCUCGAGGAGCCAAGUUCCGAAGAGCCCUCCCAGCGGUUCCUCUGCCAUGACCGAGAACACCAUCGUCAUCGACCACGGCUCUGGCUACAUGAAGUCCGGCUUCUCGGGCUGGAACGAGCCGCAGCUGAUCCUGCCGAGCAUCGUGAACUACCGGCCGUGCCAGGAGAACCCCGGGCCCAGCUCCGCCCGGCGGCGCCUGGGUCUCGGCAUCGACAUCCUGAACCCGGAGACCUUCAGCUACCCCAUUCAGCGGGGCCGCGUCCUCAACUGGGAGGGCGUGGAGCACAUCUGGUCCUUUGUCCUGGAGAAACUGAGAAUGGAGCACGAGGACACCCCCGUCCUGGUCACAGAGACCCCCCUGAAGGACCCUGUGUUCCGAAAGAAGACCCUGGAGAUUAUGUUUGAGCUGCUGGAUGUCCCGGCCCUCCUCCUGGCUGGCCAGAUGGAGAUGUCCCUGUAUGCCUCGGGCAUCCUGACGGGCGUGGUGGUGGAUUCCGGCUGCGGUCUCACCCGCGUCCAGCCUUUCCACCUAGGCCACCCCAUCCGGCACACCGGCAGGACGCUGGAGUUCGCCGGCCAGGAUAUCUCCGACUACCUCUCCAGGAGCCUCUUCAAGGAAGACAGCACGGUGAACAAGCUGUUCCAGCUGCAGACCGUUGACGCCGUCAAGAUGAAGAAAUGCUACGUGCCGCAGAACCUGGCGGAGGCGCUGGACUACCGCCAGAGCCUGCCCAGCAGCCACGACGAGGACAACAGCUACCUGCUCCCGGACGGCACCUCCGUGGAGCUGACCCCCAUGCAGCUCCUGGCCCCCGAGAUGUUCUUCAGCCCGCAGGUGUUCGACCAGGAGCGGCCCAGCGUCUCCCAGGCGGUGCUGGACUCCAUCAAAGGCUGCGACGCCGCCCUGCACCCCCAGCUCCUGCCGCACGUGAUAGCCUGCGGGGGGAACACCCUCUACCCGGGCUUCAACCGGCGCCUGUUCACGGAGCUGGCCUCCCAGUAUGCCUCCUGCCCCAACGCCGCCCUGUGCAGUAGCAGCAAGAGGAACUUCAGCGUCUGGCUGGGAGCGUCUAUCGUGGCUCAUCUGUCUACGUACAAGUCUGAGUGGAUGACCAGGAAGGAGUACGAUGAGAAGUAGAAGCUGUGGCCUGUUGGCUUGCCCUGGGGGUGGGGGGUGGGGGGUGGGGGGUAGGAUUCUGGAGGGGGGAUGAGCCAGAUGGUGAAUUAAUUCCAGUGAAAGGGACUGGGCCGGGGUGGGGUGAGCUGGCAUUGGAAUUCUGAGCUCAUGGGGGGAUGUUUUUAAGUGAGUUCUGGGGUUUUAUCUUGCUUCAAACAUGGGAUCCGACCCAUGGGAGCACAGAGUGUCAUCCCUGGGAGCACUCCAGGGGCAGCUUCUCCAGGGGCGGGCUGUUUGUUACCAGGAAGGGAGCAGCCAGUUACUUAGUGUUAGCCACUUACUGUUCGCGGGCAGCUCCCUGGGUUGUCCGUUCUCUUAGUUGAGUAGGUUUUAACGGGGGCAAGAGAGGAGUCUUUUGUAGCAGCGGGGCGGGAGGGUGAGGCUGGGGAGAGGGGAAGUUUCUAGUCCUUCACACUCUGGACAGGAGGAGUUAGUGAGUGCCCUUCCCUUCGGCCU